AUGGGUACCUCACUCUUAACCAGUAGGCCAAGAGGAGGAGCUUGUGGCUUUGCAGAUGAUGUGGCGGGUCCUCCUUACAAUGGCUUGAUAUCAGCCGGGAACCAAAUCUUGUUCAAACAUGGAAGUGGCUGUGGGAAUUGUUAUCAGGUGAAAUGCACCCAAAAUCCAGCAUGCUCGGGGAAUGCAAUCACUAUAACAAUCACAGACGAGUGUCCGGGCGACUGCAACAAUGAUCAUGUUCACUUCGACUUGAGCGGUAAAGCCUUUGGAUCCUUAGCCAAACCCGGCCAAGAAGACGCUUUACGAAAAGCAGGAAGAAUUAAUAUCGAUUAUCAAAGUGUCAGAUGCCACUAUAGUGCACCGAUGACGUUCAAGAUUGACGAUGGAUCUAACCCUUAUCAUCUAGCAUUCGCCAUAGAGUUUGUCGAUGGAGAUGGUGACAUUGGUGCAGUCGCGAUAUCAUCUUUAAAUUCCAAUGGAUGGGUAACGAUGCAACAGUCUUGGGGGGCAACAUGGAAAGUUGGAUUACCUACUGGAAUAAAAGGUCCAUAUUCUGUAAAAGUAACAACAAUCGAGUCCAAAACAAUAUUCACUGUGAAUAACGUUAUUCCGGCUAAUUGGUCUCCUGGAAAAAAAUAUCAUGGAUGA